AUGUCAAGCUCCAGGUAUGCUCAGGUCGAGAACAGUAACAAUCAACGCUUGGAUGAACUUGCGAACAAACUUUCCACAUUUCGUGGCGUGAAUGAGGAGAUCGGUAAUGACGCUCGCGCAGACUCAUCAGUGAUGAACCAACUCCAAAAUCAGUUUGACACUAUGAUGCUGAAAGUAAGAAACUCAUCAUCGCGACUCACCAGGUCCAUAAAUUCAGGAAAUAGCAUAUGGAGGAUGGUGGGCUUGUCGCUUUUGGCCUUUUUCAUUAUGUACGCUUUAUUCAAAUUAUUCUAA